UUAUUUUGAAAAUGGAAGGGACGUUGUCAUGGGAAACGUUGUUAGCAUAAAGCGCUAGCUGGCUAGAUAUUUUUAAUUGCUUUACCUCAGAAAUAGUACAUCUUUUUGUCUUUUCUAUUGAAUUAUUCUAGUGAUGUGCUUGUUACUGGGUGCUACCGGCGUCGGAAAGACUCUGCUCUUAAAACGACUGCAAAAUCUGUGUCAGAAAGGCGAGGCUGAUGAUUUAGGAGAACCACCAGCUACAAUGCCCACGGUAGGCACCAACCUGACCGAUCUAACCCUGAGGAAGAGGAGAGUGACUGUGAGAGAGUUAGGAGGUUGCAUGGGCCCUAUAUGGCCAAGCUACUUCAGGGACUGCACAUCUGUUAUUUUCAUGGUAGACUCCGCCAACAUCACGCAGAUUUCCUCCUCUUGCAUCCAGCUGCUGUUUGUCCUCUCGGCCGAGUCGCUCCGCUCUGCCUCCGUGCUCGUGCUGUUCAACAAGAGUGACCUCCAAUGCACCAUGUCACUAGAGGAAAUGAAAUCACUCUUCAGGAUGGGUGACAUCAUUGCCUCCGCUCCUCAAUCCAUCACGGUGUUGGAGAUCAGUGCUCGCUCUGGAGAGGGCCUUCAGGAGAUCAUCAACUGGCUGGACUCGAAUCACCCUGACUGAUGUGGACAUACAAGAUACGGACACACAGAACCUAACCUUACACAAUGACACAAACAUCUGGGUUUGGAUCACAGCCCAGUUAGAGCAGCUUAAUGCAGCGAAAAUGAUCUAAUCAGCUCAACAUUUCGAGCAUUAGUUCACACUUUUGUGGUUGAUGAUAUGAAUAAUGUGGCUGUGAGAAGACUAAUUUAAUUCUCUCUGUAGAGACUGUGAUGUGCUCGGAUAUUACUCUCGGCAAACAGUUAACUGAUGCAAUAUUAAAUAGUUUGCACAAGUUUGUAAGGAAUUUUCUCACUUGGCCUUUUCGCACUAAAAAGUAGUUUGAUUGAGGACAGAAUGCAUUUUUUUCACCUCCAGUAGCCACAGAUACGAAGCUUACCGUAUUAUACACCAUCGGUAUAAGGUAUGGUGUUCAUAGAAUACUUAGUGACCUCCUAGUCAUGGCUGCAGUGGCUUAAACAAGGUUACUUAUUGGUGUAUAUUUUGUGAAAUAAAUUGAAAUGCUAAUAAAAUUACUCAAGUUUGAAUCUAAAUACAGAUAUUUAAAGCACUAAACAAAUACAGGUGCAGAUAGCAUUAUGAGACCAGAAUGAAUCCUGGGAAGAGAUUCGAGUAUUCACGCCAAGUGUGAAAACACCUUAAUUCAGGUCCUUUUUUUUUUAAAAGAAAAGAGCAUGUUUUAACUACUGAUGCUUUAAGUAAGUGAUAAAACUCAGAGAGCACAAUCAUGAAGAAAAAUAACCAUACAUUAGUUGAUGGCAAUUUCCAUUCCUAUAUUUGAUAAGAAAUGUUUUAUAUUUCCAUAACAGUCUCAUAUUCACACAUUCUGUUAGUAGGUCAUCACGCCACACACAGUAAAUUUGUUCCCUUCAUGACGCGUGUUAACUUAGCAGCCAAUAUCACUGAUGGUUAAAAAGAAAAACAGCCUGGUGUUAGAUAUCUGGCACACUGAUUAGACAUCCUUGAAUGAGUGAGCUUCAUUAUCUGGAUGGGGCCGUUGGAUAGCUUCCAUGCUAUUCCGCUCAUCUAUAUCAGUCAAAUGUAAUGAAUAAUACAGCAGGAAAAAGGAAGACCACCAGGCUGUAUGUAAUACUUAAAGAAGUAUUACUAAAGCAGGUCUUGAGAGUUUGGCGAAACAGCUGUAAAAGUUACUGGUCA